AUGACAUCAAUUACAGCUUCAUCUAAAGUUCUCAUUGGCCAUCCAACAUUUAGUCGAUCAAUUGAAUCUCAUGGUAGUGCUCAUUCAGCUGAUACAAAUUAUAAUGGAUGGCGUGGUGAAGGAACAAUUGGUAAUGAAGAUAUUGGUACUCAAACAGAUUACAGUGGUGGUGGAAGUACAACAAGUGGUGGACGAGCAUUACUCGGUGAUCUAAAACGAAGAAAAGAAGAUGCAAUUGUAGAUAUUAGUCUGGAAUCAAUGAAGUAUAAUGGAGCUAUCCCAUUUCGUCAAUUACAACGACCCGAUCGUUUACCACGACAAAGUUCGCGUCAAAGCGAAUGUGACGGUUCGUUGCUUGGUGAUUUCAUGUCGAAUACAUCUCAGCCAGGAUUAUCAACAACUUAUACUUCAAAUGUCGAUAAAAAACUACUUAUGUCAUCAUCGGCAAGUGCCGCUAAUUCAAAUGAUUUAACAUCGAUUGCUGUUAGUGUUCCUAGUCAAUCAACAAAUCAUCAUAGAAAUAAUAAUAAUGUUGAUGAUAUAUCUCGUCAGACACUUAUACAAAGUCGUUCAGGUGAAUCAAAACGUGUCGAACGAACAUCACGUAAAGAAUGUUAUCGUUUGGGAAGACGAAAAUUACUUUUUGAAAAACGUCGUAAAGCAUCUGAUUAUGCUCUAUUCUUUGCCAUGAUUGGUCUUUUAUUAAUGGUGCUUGAACAAGAAUUAACAAUGGCUAAAGUUUAUGACAAGAACAACUGGUGCUCAUGGCUUCUCAAAUCAUUCAUAACUUUAUCCACAUUAAUUUUACUUACUAUGAUUAUUUUCUAUCAUGCACUUGAAGUUAAAUUAUUUAUGAUUGACAAUUGUUUGGAUGAUUGGAGAAUUGCAAUGACAUGGCAACGUGUUUUACAAAUUGGGGCUGAAGUAUCAAUUUGUGCAAUUCAUCCAAUACCUGGUUCAAUAACAUUUGACUGGACAACACAUAUGUCAAAUAAAGCUGAUUAUCAUUCACAAAUAAAAACAGCACGUGUUUAUAUUGAUAUAUUACUUUCAUUACCCAUGUUCUUUCGACUUUAUUUAAUAUGUCGUGUUAUGCUUUUGCAUAGCAAGUUAUUUACAGAUGCUUCAUCAAGAAGUAUUGGAGCUUUUAAUCGAAUUAAAUUUAAUACAAGAUUUGUAUUAAAAACAUUAAUGACUAUUUGUCCUGGAACAGUUCUACUUGUUUUUAUUCUUUCACUUUUUAUUAUUGCUAGUUGGACAUUAAGAGCAUGUGAAAGUAAUCAUGAUCCAAAACAUCAUGGAAAUCUUCUUAAUUCAAUGUGGUUAAUUGCUGUAACAUUUCUAGCUAUCGGCUAUGGAGAUAUUGUACCGAACACGUAUUGUGGUCGAGCUAUUUGUGUUGUAUCCGGUUUAAUGGGUGUAUCUUGUACAGCAACAAUGGUUGCUGUACUUGCACGUAAACUUGAAUUAACACGUGCAGAAAAACAUGUCCAUAAUUUUAUGAUGGAUACACAAUUAACAAAAAGAUUAAAAAAUGCUGCAGCUAAUGUUUUACGUGAAACAUGGCUGAUUUACAAAUAUACAAAACUUGUGAAGUUUGUUAAUACGUCAAAAGUACGGACACAUCAAAGAAAAUUUCUUCAAGCAAUUCAUAGUCUUCGAAAAGUCAAAUUAGAUCAAAGAAAAUUAACAGAUAAUGUUAAUGCCGUAUCGGAUAUUGCUCGACUUCAAUCGUCAGUGUAUGAUAUUGUUUCUCAAAUGUUGUCUAAUCAAACAGUUCUUGAAACGAAAUUUCAUGAUUUAGAUACAAGAGUAAUGGCUUUACAGUCUCAAAUUGAAAAUUUACCUAAUUUAAUGGCAACAACUAUUAAUGAACAAAAUAAUCGUUUAUGGGAACGUCUAGAAUCUCAUGUUCAAACACAAUUAAAUUCAAUGCGACAGCCAUUACCUCUCAUAUCUGUGACUUGUCCUCAACGACAAAAUACCGUGUGA